AUGCGAGAGGUCGAUACCUCCAAAUCCCUAAUCCCUGACAGAGACAUGCCGAAAUACGUAUUCACCUACUUCAAUGGAAAGGGUGUGGGCGAGCCAUCGCGUCUGCUGCUGGCUUUUGGUGGUGAAGGAUUUGAAGACCACCGAGUAGCCGAAAUAGACUGGCCGAACUUUAAGCCAAAAACUCCAUUCGGGCAGAUGCCACUUAUUAAGUUCGAUGGCAAGACGUACGCUCAGAGUCUGUCCAUCGCUCGGUACCUCGGAAAGAAGUACGGUCUGGCUGGAGACUCCAUCGAGGAUGCUCUGGAGAUCGACCAGAACGUCGACCUCAUCAACGACCUUCGUUCAAGAGGUGCAAUUGCAUACUACGAAGAAGACGAGGCAGUGAAGAAGACAAGAUACGCUGAAUACAACAAGAAUGACUUCCCCAAUUUGUUGAAGAAUCUGAAUGAUAUCAUCAUUAAGAACAACGGCCAUAUUGCCCUUGGAAAGCUGACUUGGGGAGACUUUGUCUUUGCGGGUAUGUUCGACUACAUCAAGGACUUAUUGGUUGUACCUGAUCUGGAGAAGAAGUACCCAGCAUUCCAGAAGGUUGUGGACAACGUGUACUCCAUUCCCAAGGUCAAGGCCUAUGCUGAUGCCGUGGGACCCACGGAAUUCUAA